AUGUCGUCGUUUACGCAGGCCCUCGUGGUCUCUGACCCGGCAUUCUUCCAGCGCGCCACGCAGUCGCCGUUUUUGCGCCGUGCUGCUCAGGGCACGCUCUCGAAAGAGGUGCUCGGAAAAUGGCUCGCCAACGACCGUCUCUACGUCCACGGCUAUCUUCGCGCCGCCGGCCGGCUGCUCAGCUUCCUGUCGCUGCCACAGGUGGUCCCCGCUGUGCUGGUCGAGCUGCAAGCGGACUCCGAGUCGAAACUCCUGGCGUGGACGAUUGAUGAUCUGAUCAACAUCCAGCAGGAGGAGCGCUUCAUCGUCGAGACGGCCGGGCAGUACGGCAUCAACGUGAACCUGCCGGCGGAUGAGCACGGACGGGUGCCUGCAUCGGUAAAAAUGCCUGGUCUUUGUCGGUUUGAGGCCUUGUUCGAUGGACUGCAGGCGGGCGAUAGGGAUCUGCUGCCGUGGCUCGAGAGUGCGGUGGUGUUUUACGGGACGGAAAAGUUGUUUCUGGAAGCGUGGACGUGGAUGAAAUCGCAGCAGGUCGACGACACGGAAGUAGCGGACGAUGAGGAUGGCGGGGCGGUGCGGCGGCAUUUCAUGGCCAACUGGUCGAGCCCCGACUUUGUGGACUUUGUCGAGCGACUGGCCAACAUCAUCGACGCUGCGGUACAGACGCAGGCGGAAGAUGUGUAG